ACUCGGGCAUUCGCCUCGGCUGUAUAUUUUCAUCAUCUUCAUUAUGGUGUCGGCGAGACGAAUGUAUGUAUGUGUAGUUGAAGGGUGUCGUAAGUAUCGCCAAGGAGGCACUGAAUUUUGUAUCUCCCACGGUGGCGGUCGACGCUGUGCUCAUACAGGCUGUGGCAAGUCAGUAUAUGGCAGUUCUAAGUCAGUGUUCUGUAGUGCUCACGGUGGAGGUCCGCGAUGUUCGUUCCCUGGCUGUGAUAAGGGUAGCCGCAGUAAAAAGUCAGGAUUUUGUCACAAGCAUGGAGGUGGUCGUCGUUCCAAAGACCGUACCCUUACUGCGAACCAGGCCGAACAGCCAAGCGUCGAUCUAUGUAGCGGGAGUAUGCUCGAACAAGUCCUAGAGCACAGUUCUCAUGAUGGGUCUCCUCGCCGUCCGUUUUCAAUCAACAUGACAGCGGACGAGGCUUCCACUGUGGCUUCUGCUAGUCUCACUACUACUGUGCCUAGUGACUUCACUGGAGGGUUCUGGCAAACCCCUGGUACGGACCGUAUAGAUACUCCGACUUGUGCUUUCGCACGAUCGUCUACAUUACAUGAGUCAAUGACGAAUGGUGGUGGUUGUGGUCAUUGGUUUGGUCCUGAAGACAACACUUUUCUGUCUUAUACUGAGCAGUCGUCUCGUAUUCUUGCCCACUCAUUUUAUCAAGUUGGUUUGAGCGUGUUGGACGGUAUAUGACUUGCCUACCUCUUGCGACAGCUCGAGAGGUUCUCAAAGUUCGGCCAAAGUUAUAGUAGUACGCAGUAUUCAUAUUUCAGGUUGGCAUCGUAUUUAUUAUUACUUAUACUAUUUUUUAUCAGUCUCGGUCAGUAGUUCGAAAAAAGUGACAAUGGAGACGCUUCGAAUUCUUGAGGUGGUCAUUGGGCCAGCCUUAAUUGCCCAGGAAUAAUUCCUUAUCCGAAGCGGGAAUCACCGGCAGCAUUAUUUUUGUUGCAUAUUCGGCGGUUUCUCAGAGGAAGGUAGCGUACGAGGUAGCUCUGUAUUAUUAUUAUAUUUUCUCUCGUAUCUUUGCCUAUACGUCAUUAGAUGAUGAUUUCUUACUCCACGGUUGAU